AUGGUAACGACGCUCGGCCCGAAGAUGGCGGCCGAGUGGGGUGGAGGAGCAGGUCACUUGGGUUCAGGGCCGGGCCGGAGCCGGUGGCGCUGGAGCAGUUCUUUUUGGGUCCAAGCCUUUUUACUCCUGUUGGAAGGGCUCCGGGGAAGCGCCGAAUCUGUUCCUGUCUCCUUGGGCAGCUCCCCUCCCUGCCGGCACCACGUCCACUCUGACACUGAGGUCAUAAAUAAAGUUGAUCUUAAGGCAAAUCAUGUUGUAAAGAGAGAUGUUGAUGAGCAUUUGAGAAUCAAGACUGUCUAUGAUAAAAGUAUUGAAGAGUUGCUCCCUGAGAAAAGAAAUCUUGUAAAGGACAAACUUUUCCCACAAGCUAUUUCUUAUUUAGAGAAGACUUUUCAGGUUCGUAGACCUGCUGGCACUAUCUUACUCAGCAGACAAUGUGCAACAAACCAAUACCUACGGAAGGAAAAUGAUCCUCAUAGAUACUGUACUGGAGAAUGUGCAGUGCAUACAAAAUGUGGCCCAGUUAUAGUGCCUGAGGAGCAUCUCCAGCAAUGCAGGGUCUGCCGUGGGGGUAAAUGGCCUUGUAGAGCAGUGGGUGUGUCAGACCAAGAAGGCGUCCGGGAUGCAGACUUUGUUCUUUAUGUUGGUGCUCUGGCCACUGAGAGGUGCAGCCAUGAAAACAUCAUCUCUUAUGCAGCCUAUUGUCAGCAGGAAGCAAAAAUGGACAGGCCAAUAGCAGGAUAUGCUAACCUGUGUCCAAAUAUGAUCUCUACCCAGCCUCAGGAGUUUAUUGGGAUGCUGUCCACAGUGAAACAUGAGAUUAUUCAUGCCCUGGGUUUCUCUGCUGGGCUGUUUGCAUUCUACCGUGAUAAAGAUGGAAAUCCUCUAACUUCAAGAUUUGCAGAUGGUCUCCCACCUUUUAAUUAUAGUCUUGGAUUAUAUCAGUGGAGUGAUAAAGUAGUCCAAAAAGUGGAGAGAUUAUGGGAUGUUCGAGAUAAUAAGGUAGUUCGUCACGCUGUGUAUCUCCUAGUAACACCUCGUGUUGUUAAUGAAGCAAUGACUGGUUCUCACACCCAGAACCGAGUCCUCUCUCGAAUCACGCUAGCAUUAAUGGAGGACACUGGCUGGUAUAAAGCAAAUUACAGCAUGGCUGAGAAGUUAGACUGGGGCCGAGGAAUGGGCUGUGACUUUGUCAGGAAGAGCUGUAAAUUCUGGAUUGAUCAGCAGAGACAAAAAAAAUACUUUGAUGAACUCAGUGGAAUACCUGCAGAAGAUUUGCCUUAUUACGGUGGUUCAGUAGAAAUUGCUGACUAUUGCCCAUUCAGUCAGGAAUUCAGUUGGCAUUUAAGUGGUGAAUAUCAGCGCAGCUCAGAUUGUAGAAUAUUGGAAAAUCAACCAGAAAUUUUUAAAAACUAUGGUGCUGAAAAGUAUGGACCUCAUUCAGUGUGUCUAAUUCAGAAAUCCGCAUUUGUCAUGGAAAAGUGUGAGAGGAAGCUGAGUUAUCCAGACUGGGGAAGUGGAUGUUAUCAGGUUUCUUGUUCACCUCAAGGUCUGAAUGUUUGGGUCCAAGAUACUUCAUAUUUGUGUAGUCGAGCUGGGCAGGUCCUCCCUGUCAGUAUUCAGAUGAAUGGCUGGAUUCAUGAUGGAAACCUGCUCUGUCCAUCGUGUUGGGACUUCUGUGAGCUCUGUCCACCAGAAACAGAUCCUCCAGCUACUAACCUGACCCGAGCUCUACCACUGGAUCUCUGUUCCCGUUCCUCUAAUUUGGUGGUCACCCUCUGGCUUCUGCUAGGCAAUCUGUUUCCUCUGCUGGCUGGAUUCCUUCUGUGUGUGUGGCACUAGGAAUGCCAAAGUGAAUUCUCAAGAUAUUCCUUUAUGUCAUGUUCCCGUGAACAAAGCACAACGUGUGGGUGUGUGCCAACCUGUGCAGAUGGCAGAAGUGGCAUUCCUGACUUUGGCUGGGAAGUGUUGGCCACAAUCAGACCUCGAAGCAAAGCGGUCACUCCUCAUCAGCAACCCAACCACCUCAGAGCUUAGAGAAGAAGAAGGAAUUUCAAGUCACUAAAAUUACA